AUGGGGCUGGUGUGGUGCCUGGUGGCUGCCUUUCUUCUCCCAGGUUUGAGCACUGGCCAGCAGCUGGUGACUGUUCAGGAGGGGCCCCUCUACCGUGUGAGGGGGUCCCACAUCACGCUGUGGUGCAAGGUGAGCGGCUACCAGGGCUCAGCAGAGCAGAACUUCCACUGGUCCAUCUACCUGCCCUCGGCCCCUGAGCGGGAGGUGCAGAUCGUCAGCACCAUCGACCCUUCCUUCCCCUACGCCAUCUACACCCAGCGGGUGCGCAGCCGGGGGAUCUACGUGGAGCGGGUGCAGGGGGACGCCGUCCUGCUGCACAUCACCGAGCUGCAGGACCGGGAUGCCGGGGAGUACGAGUGCCACACGCCCAAUACCCAGGAGAGGUACUUUGGGAGUUACAGCGCCAAGACGAACCUCUCAGUGAUUGCAGAUACUCUCUCAGCUUCCAUGGUGCCCCAGGUCCUCACUCGUGCUGAAGGGGAGGCAGUGAAUCUCACUUGUGAGGUGUCAAAGUCCACUGCCCAGCACACACAUCUCUCUGUUGGCUGGUACUGUCUUCAGGGAGCAGGAAAGAGCCAUGCUGAGGAGGUCAUUACUCUCUCCAAGGACUUUGUUUUGAGACCAGGGCCCUCUUAUGCACAGAGGUUUCUGGUGGGGGAUGUGCGGCUGAACAAGGUUGGGAACACCACAUACAUGCUCUCCAUUGAGGGACUGGAGCCAUCUGACCAGGGACAGCUGUACUGUGAGGCAGCUGAGUGGAUUCAGGAUCCUGAUGAGACAUGGAAGGACAUCUCCCGCAAGCAAACGGAGAGGACAUCGCUGGUGGUCACAAGCCAAGGCAGAGACCUCUCCGUGGACAUCACUGCUGCUGAAAGCUCCCUAUCUGAAGGUGAUACUUUGCAGCUAAAUUGCAUGGUAGGAGGCCAGAGGAGCAGCAGUAGGCACUUUCAAGUGCUUUGGCUCCUCAAUGGUGUGGAAGUGGCCAGGCUUGACCCCCAUGGGGUAUUGAUUUGGAAGGAAGAAUACGAGGAGAGAGCCAGACUGGGGAAGCUCCAAGCAUUCAAGCACAGCAACACAGUUUACAUCCUCACCAUCUAUGAAGUGAGGCUGAAGGACAAUGGUAUGUACCACUGCUCCGCUUCGGAGGUGAAGACUCCUGGAGACUUACACAGCAUCCAAACCAAACUGUCACCAAGUAUCCAAGUUGACGUGAAGCCAAUAGAGAGCCGCAUGCACCUGUCUGUGUUCACCAGCACACCACACGUCGUGGCAGGAGAUGCCUUGAUCCUCCUUUGCGAGGUGCAAGGAGUGACCAGCGCUGUGUCCGUGCAGUGGUGGCACCUGCCCCUGCAGCACCCAGGUCCCCGAGUGCCAGUGGCCACCAUGUCACAGGAUGGGACCCUGAGCUUGGGCAGCACCUACCAGGACAAUAGGACUCGGGGGAACCUCCAACUGGAGAAAUCGAGCUCCAGCACUUUCACCUUGGUGAUCCCCAACACAUUGGAUGAGAGUGAUGGCGGGCGGUAUGGGUGCAAAGCGACGGAGUGGUCCCGAGGCCAGAGCUGGACAAAGGAGGGAGAGACAACAGUGACAGUCAGCUCCAUGGGUCUUGGUCUGCGUGCCAUGCUGAUAAGCCGAAUUGCCACCGUCAGAUAUGGACAGAGCUUUGAACUUGUCUGCCAAGUCAGCGCCAACUACACCCUCAAGGAGGUGCCGGUGUCUGUGAGGUGGCUCUUCCAGCCCAGCCUGCCUACCAGCAGCUUCCAGGAGCUAGUCCGGGUCUUUCCUAGUGGCAUAGUGGCCUGGGGAUCAGCACAGUCACGCUUCCAGGAGAAAGUCCAGCUGACGAGGACCACCACCUCCUUCAUGCUACACAUCCACAAUGCCGAGGCUGCUGAUGAGGGGACUUUACAGUGUGAGGUGGAGGUCUGGAGGAGGAACACCCUGCCACUUGGGCAGGCAGCAGCCACCACCAGCUCUAAUGCCGUGGGGAUAAAGGUGGUGCUGCCAGAAAGCAAGCUUCGGGUAGCUAUGCAAGAGAGCUCUGUGGAGAUUGCCAACGGUGCUGACACGGCCAUUGAGUGCAGGAUCCUGUUUGCCCCCAAUAAUUCUCAGUUCGCCGUUACCUGGUACCUUCUACCUCCUGCUCCAGCAGAUGAAAACCCCUUGCAAAUCGUAAGGGCUGAUUACAGCAGCAUACUGGAAUAUGGGGCUGAGUUCAGCUCUCCUGCACAGAAGUCCCGGUUCCUGAGCCAGAGGGUAUCCAGCACUGUUUUCUGGCUGCAGAUACUCUCUACAAAUGCUGGGGACCAGGGCAGGUACUACUGUGUUGUAGAGGAAUGGCUGUGGCUGGUGGACAGCUGGUACAAACUUGGAGAGGGAGCAUCCGGAAGGACCACACUGGAAUUCAAGCUCCCAGAGCGUGAGCUGCAGCUGGAGAAAACCAACCACAACAUUUCAGCGAGGGAGGGUGAGGAGGUGACACUGCCCUGCCUGCUGCAGGGUGCCCAUCUGCCUGCCACCCGCCUCUCGGCCACCUGGUUUCGGGAGAAGAGCGGCCACACCAGGCCCCUCCUCACCCUCCACCGCGACGGUACCGUCAAGUACCCCUGGGAGAGCCUUGCCAGGAGGCUGCACCUGCGCCGUCCCACCUCUGGCGACUUCAGCCUGACGCUGCAGAGAGUGGAGAAGGAAGAUGCUGGGAUGUAUCACUGCCAGGUGCAGGAGUGGCAGCAGCAGAGUGAAGGGAAGGACGGGGCUCCGCAAGCCUCGGGGUGCUCGGGAUACAUCCAGCUCACUACCAUCCUGCCAGAGUCAACUGUUACGUCUAGGAUCUGUUCAUCCCCAUCACUGCUGAACUUUAUCCUAUACUUACCCCUGGUUCUGGUCCUUCUCCUACUCCUUGCUGUCAUCUUCUGGUGCUUCAAGUUCCACAAAAGCAAGAAGAGCUACGCCAGAGGAACUGCAAGGGAUCAGCAAAACUUAGCUGAUCUACUAUGGCAGAUGUAA